AUGAAUUCCCUAUUUACCAGACGCUGCGCAUUGGCAGUACGUCCGAUAACUAAUCAAAAACAUUAUCUACGACCAAUAAUUAAUCAAAGGAAUUAUUCUAUUGUAAGCGGAGAUCGGAUACAUGGAUUUCUUGUUGAACAGACAAGACAAAUAUCAGAACUUGAGCUUACAGCGAUACAGCUUCGUCAUGAAGCUACUGGCGCAGAACAUUUACAUAUAGUUCGUGAUGAUGAUAAUAAUGUCUUUGGUGUUGGGUUCUCGACACCGCCAAUGAAUAGUAGUGGGACUCCGCAUAUUUUGGAGCAUACCACCUUAUGUGGCAGUAAGAAAUUUCCUGUGCGAGAUCCUUUUUUUAAAAUGUUAAACCGUAGCUUGGCGAAUUUUAUGAAUGCUUUUACAGCCAAUGACUAUACAAUAUACCCAUUUUCUACAACCCAUCAAUUGGACUAUGAAAAUUUGAGAGAUGUUUACAUGGAUGCAACUUUUCAUCCAUAUUUAAGAGAACUAGAUUUUAAGCAAGAAGGGUGGCGACUUGAGCACCAAAUUCCUCAUGACAGGACAACACCUUUACAAUUCAAAGGAGUUGUAUAUAAUGAAAUGAAAGGACAGAUGUCAGAUGCAGGAUACUUGUACUAUUCCCGAGUUCAGCAAUAUAUGUAUCCAGAAACAAUUUAUGGAUAUAAUAGCGGUGGAGAACCCAAGAAUAUCACAGAUUUAACGUAUCAAGAACUUUUAAAUUUUCAUAAAUCUUAUUAUCACCCAAGCAAUGCAAAGUUUUAUACAUAUGUUCCUGAUAAAGGAAUUAAAAUAGUUAGACCAUUUGAUAAACUUCAAAGAAUGGUUUUUCAUGGACCUGUUGAUCCAAUGAAUAAUCCUGAAAAACAGAUAAAAAUGUCUGUUUCCUUUCUCACAAAUGACAUAACUGAUGUUGUUGAAACUUUCGCCUUGAGAUUAUUUGCAUACCUUCUCUUAGAUGGCCAUGCAUCACCAAUGUAUAAAGCUUUGAUUGACACAAACAUAGGAUCGGAUUUUUCAGAAAAUACGGGAUAUGAUUCAUCUACAAGAAUAAGUUCUUUAUCAAUUGGAUUACAAGGAAUGAAAUCACAAGAUGUACCUUUGGCUGAACAAACAAUCAGAAAAGUUCUUGAAGAUAUUAAUCGAACUGGAUUUGAUUCAAAAAGAAUUGAAGCAGCUCUUCAUCAGACAGAAUUAGGGAAAAAGCAUAAAACUUCUACUUUUGGUUUGAGUUUAAUGCACAGUAUAAGUUCGGGAUGGUUUAAUGAUAGCAAUCCUAUUGACAUUUUAGAGAUUAAUCAGAAUAUAGAUAUAAUAAAAGAGAGAAUAAAAAGUGAACCAUUCUUUCAAAACUUGGUAGAAAAAUAUUUCUUGACAAAUCCUCACACUCUUAUCUGCAUAAUGGAAACCAAUCAACAAUAUACUGAAGUAUUAAGUCAAGAAGAAGAAACCAGAUUAUCUUCAAAAACCUCUGUUCUCACUGAACAAGAAAAGAACAAGAUUUAUGAACAAUCUAUUGAGCUAAUCAAGAAACAAGAGGCUAAAGAGGAUUUAUCGGUUUUACCAAGUUUACAUGUUUCGGAUAUAUCGCGAGAAAUGAGAAGAAUUCCAUUAGAACAUCGUAAUUUGGAAGAAUGUCCUGUACAAUGGCGAACUACAGCAACUAACGGAAUUACAUAUUUCAAGAUUAUAAGUAAAAUUGAUGGAUUACCAGAUGAAUUAAGAAUAUAUAUGCCGUUAUUUGCUCAGGCGUUGACAUCGUUAGGAACAAAAACAAAAACCAUGGCUGAGAUAGAUGACGACAUUCGUCUUUAUACUGGCGGUAUUAGUGCAUCACCCAUUGUAUCUACCAAUCAUUCCGACCUUGACCAAUACGAAGAAGGCAUCGUAAUAUCUUCACAUUGUCUUGAUAGAAACAUAGAUCAGAUGUAUGAUAUUAUGCAACAACUUUUAAGAGAAACUAAUUUUAAUAAUAUUGAAAAAUUGCGUACUAUGAUUUAUGGUAAUGCAACCAACAUGAUGAAUUCUGUUGUGGAAUCUGGACAUAUGUAUGCGAAAACGUUUGCGGCGUCACGAAUUGCUCCAGCCAUGAGUAUUUCGGAAAUUUAUGGUGGAAUGACACAAGUUUAUUUUAUGAAUAAAUUAGCGGUAGCCGAAGAUUUUCAAAAUGUUAUUGACAAAUUGAAGGAAAUAUCCUUAUAUUUACUAAGCAAACCAUCACUGCGGAUUGCAAUCACUUGUGGUUCAGAAGCUGUUAAUCAGAAUGAAGUUAUGUUAAAAAAGUUUUUACCGAGUUUUCCGGAGACUACUAAAAGUAGUAGUCAUGUCAUUAAAAGGCCAAAAUUUCAGAUGUCACCCGAAAAAGCAUUUUUCCCAUUACCUUUUGCAGUAAAUUUUUCUGCGAAAUGCUUUCGUGGAGUACCUUAUACACAUUCUGAUGGCUCUAAAUUACAGGUUCUUUCAUCUUUAAUGAAAAUAAAUUACUUACAUCGUGAAAUUCGAGAAAAAAAUGGUGCAUAUGGGGGUGGUGCGAUGUACGCCCCCACAAGCGGCAUAUUUUCAUUUUUUUCAUACCGGGAUCCCAAAACUUUGGAAACCCUGCAAACUUAUAAACAAGUGAUUGAUUGGGUAAUGAAUCGGAAAUUUAGUCAACAGGAAAUGGAUGAAGCAAAAUUAUCGAUAUUUCAGAGUAUAGAUGCUCCAAUAAGUGUUGCAGAAGAAGGUUUAAUAUAUUUUGAAGAUCGGAUUAGUGAUGAUAUGAGACAAUUGUAUG